AUGGACAGAGGAUACCUCCAUCCGUUCCAGGAUGGACGUCAAUAUCUAUACGGUGUCGGUGAACGGCCUCGAACACUCUUAGAGCUGGCCAUGUGCCAGUUGUCCGCUCACAUACGUUCGACGAAGAACUGGUGGAAAGAAUAUGGGGACCACCAAUUCAGGACUCGAUGGGCCGAGGAAGCUGCGGAACGCUCAUGGACCGUCCGUUCUCCUUCUGGGUCGACGUUGGUGACACUGUCCAGAAGACAGAUUAACUAUGUACUAGAUGAGCUGGAUGGCUAUGCUGCCCUACGUGACGAAAUGCAUGGAUGUGAAGUGUCCAGCAUCGAUCGUAUCUGGCACUCGGAUUCUCUUUUAGAUUCAGAAACCCUUUCAUCGCUUGAUACUGGUCUUCAGUGCCUUCCAGGUAGGCCUAAUGACGACUCUGUCUCCGUUGAUCUCGUCGAUCCGUUCUUCCACUGCUUGGUGUACAACCGGACGCAAGUUUAUGAUAGUUUCGCACCUGAGUCCUUCUCUCUGCAGACACGCCCUAUAAACACUCCCCCUUCCUUCGAUUACGCAUGUUCUUCCCGCUUCGCUUGUAUUCCUACGGCCUUUUCGGUCUCUCGGUCAGAUGGCUCGUUAGAGGCGAAGGUGCUCUCUUAUAUCAACAACAUCGAUCCUUCCAAUACUUCACUCUACCAUCACAUCGAGCAUGUAGUCUCGAGAUGUGUCACAUUAUUUGAAUAUGUGCUCACGGACCUCCACCGAAACAAUCCUCUUUGCCAGAGGAUAACGGGAAGCUACAGGUAUACAGAGUGGAACGAGCCUGAAGAGCCUGAAUUUUCUGACGACGACGAUGGGUGGCUGGCUUACGAGCGGGAGGUGCGACAAUGGACUCUUCACAGACCGAUUCAACCUCCGGAUGUACCGGAGCAAGGUUAUCCUCGAGACUUACACACGAGACACUUCAAAGUGACCCUUGACGGUCGGGUACUUCGAUUGAUUGUUAGAGUAACGGAUAUCAGAGUCGCUCCUGGUGGACCCGUUUAUACGGGAACCCCCUGGCAUGUUGAGGGUAUGCGGAACGAAAAUAUCGUUGCUUGCACAAUGUUGUGCACGUCCAUGACGAACCUUGUACCUCCAUCCCUCGAAUUCCGCAUGGCAAUUACAGCCCCGCGCAUGGAGGCCGGUGACGUUGGUGCAGCUAUCCGUACGUGGGGCCUCGAUCACUUCUCUGCGCGCAACCAGUAUCUUGGACAUAUUCCUUUGUCUCCUGGAUCGGCAGUUGCAUUCCCUAACCUGUAUCAGCACCGUCUGACAGCCACUCACUUGCGAGAUCCCAACCACGAGGGGUCUAUGACCUUCCUCGGGCUCUACCUCAUGGAUCCUGAACUCGAUGCAUACGAUGGCAAGCGUGACUCCGGGUGGGAGACGCUGAGUCCCUCUUCAGAUACCGUCCCACCGCAGCAGAAAGAAUGGAUGAGGCGUGCGGUCGAAGAUAGCAUUGACGUUCGACUCCCCUUCGAAAUUGUAGAGAGGAUUGUGGAGGAAGUGGAGGGGGUGAUGACUGCAGAGGAGGCCGCGGCAUACGCCAAAGAAAUGCGAGAGGAGAGAGAACGAUUCUGGACCCUGCACGAUGAGUAUCGGUUCUGUUUGCCGUUUGAUAUCUGGGAGGUUGAAAGCUAG